GGCCACUUGUCGGCCGCGUCCCGCGCGGACCACGCCACCUGCAUGCCCGUCUCCUCUCCAUCUCCCGCGCGGAACACGACCUCGCCCGCGCGCCCAACUUCCUCGAAACCGACCUCCAUCCAUCCAUCUGUUCAGCUCAGCUGCCCACCCGCCCGUGUGCGUGUGCGUGCGUGCCCCCUCCGUUGACAGAGUCCCCGCGCGCUGCGCUGCGCUGCCCGCGUGAGCGAGCCGAAGAAUAUCUCGCCGUCACGGCUUUUGCCUUCGCCUUGCCCACCCUUGGCUCGCUGCGCCCUGCGUACGUAACGUGAAUACGUGAUAUCGCGUCCGUCUCUCCUCCUCUUUUCUGCCUGCGUCUCACCAACCUCCUCUCCUCUCCUCUCCUCUCCUAUAUCUUGCUCGGUCGCGCGCGGUCGAGUGGUCGACGCAGAUAAACAAAACACCGAUCGAGUCUUCGAGCUCGUUCCCGUGAGUUCUUUUAUUAGUUUGCUCCAUCGAUCCCCCUGCUCUCUUCCUCUGCUUCUGUUGUUAGGGUUCAGAGGACGAACAACGCCGGUGGUUGGACUACUCUCGCGCUCGGGGAGAUGGCAAGCUUCGGCGAAGACAACAGAGCAGCGACACAGAGGGAGGAGGGAUCGUCCCAGAACAAAUAUGGAGGAAUUUCUCCAAAGAAACCUCUCAUUAAUAAGGACCAUGAGCGUGCCUAUUUCGAUUCCGCCGAUUGGGCACUUGGCAAGCAAGGCGCAAGCAACAGCACAAAAGGCACAACCGAGCCCCUGAAACCCAAGUUGCAGCGCACGGCAUAUCCCCAGCUUCCUCCACGAAGGCCUGCGUGCACGUCAGGCGCGACGGAAUAGUGUGCUCCAAUCUCAGCAGUCAGCACUACAUGUUUACAUUUGUCGCUGAGACUGUGAGAGUAUGGCAGGGCAAUCACAGGGGGGGCAUAGAGUUUGAUCCAAUUAUUAAUUGGGAUGUAAAUAUGGAUAUUGUCAGCAUGUAGCUAUGUGCAAUGGAAUUUACAACAUUUCUGUGACACUCUCA